AUCAGACAGUUUCGGCCGUGCGCUGAAAGUGAACCAACAUUUGACGCUUCGAUCUUAAUUCAAUUUAUUUGGAUCUCGCCUUMGUUCGCUCCAUUUGGUAGUUUUGGGUGUAGGCGCGUUUUGGUUAAGAGUGAAAUUGUUUGCCUGGCUGUAUUUAUGUGUGGAAACUUGAACUUGCUAAUUAAAGCGUACACUUAACCACAGAUAUUGGAYUUGCAUUCAAGGUGAUUGUUGAGACCAAAUACCAACUGAUUAACACCUUUCAACGAGUGGUAAAUUGCGACAAGUGAAAAUGCGUUUAACAAAGCUCGGCUUGACGCCCAUUGUCUUGCUGUUMYUCGUAGCCAGYGUGCAAGCUGGGCUGGUGCAUAGGCAAAAUCGCAAUGCAAAUAUAAUUGCAGCACCCGCUGACCAGAAUCUGAUACCGGUGCAGAUUAUACAAGAUGGUCAGCAGUUGGGAAACGCGCAGACGAACACACAACCAACCAACACAGAACAAAUUCAGGCUAGCGAAGGUGCACAAUCGAAAACCAGCGUAGAAAAUAACGCAGCUCCCGUAACCGAAGUCAUCGCUGAGAAAAUCGCAGAGCCCAUUGAAAGCGCAGCUAAUGUGCAAACCGCUAAUGCAUUGCUUAAAAGCGAACAACAAGAGGAUGAGCAAAUCAUUGAACAGGAAAURAAACAGGCGAUAUUGAAUGAGAAUCGUGAGCUUUUGCAGGCUGCGUCCAUUGCUGAGCAGCCAGCGCCAAUACAGGAGGCCAAGGAUCCGCAGCAAUUACUGGAGCAAGCGCAGGAAAUCAAUACGGAGCUGAAGGAUGGUGUACCGGCUGAAGCCUUUGAAGCCGCUGCCGCAUAUUUCAAUGCACCUGAGGCUCCUGCCACGGAGCUAAAUACCGCCGAUGGAGUAAACAGCAACAAUCAGUUGAAGUCCGAAUCAUUGGUCAUCGACAGUUCACCUGCUGAGUCUCAGAAUGCAGUUGCUGUGGAACAGCUUAUUUCCAACGAACCCAUUGUGGUUGCUGCUGUCAUUGCCGAUGAUCCUGCGCCUGCCUCUGUCGACCAACUGCGUCAAGUGGCAGCUGUUGCUGGCGCCACACAGGCUACGCCCACCCAAACCACCACCCAACCGAACUUUGUCCAACAACUAAUACAAAAUUCGCCACUUGGUCAGUUUUUCGGACAACUAUCCGGUCAACAACAACAACAACAGCAGUUGGCUACGCCGGGCGUACAAGUGGCUGCUGAUCAACCUGCCACACCUGCACCCACAUUACCCGGCUUUCUGAAUCCACAAAACGCUAUAACUCAGGUCCAGAAUGCCGCACAGAGCGUUGCAAAUGCCACCUCACAAGCUUUCCAGGGCGUUCAACAGUUCGCCAAUAAUUUGGGUACACAAUUUCAAAACACACUAUCGAGUUUGAGUGGCCAACCGCAACAAGUUCAGCUAAGCACAGCCGAUGCAACCACACAACGUCCUCUUGGUCCCAUACAGUCGCUGAUUAGCAAUUUCGUCGGUGGCAAUCAACCAGCUGGUGCAGCUGCAGCCGCCGGUACUACUAUCAGUCCCGCCCAACAAGGACCUUUCCAAGGUAUUAUCAGCUUUUUACAGGGCGGUAAUCGUCCACAAGCUGCUGCUACAAGUGGCACCGUUGUGGCUGUUGCACCCGCUCCAGCUGGCUCUAUUAUAGCUGCAGACCCGGUACAAGUGGACAACAAAGUUGACGAAGUGAAAACCGAUGAGCUGACACAUGCAGUGGCAGAGCCAGAACAGCUGCCUGGAGAGGAAGGUGGCGAGGUUGAUCAAGCCGACAAUGAAGUGCGCAGCAGCGCCGAAGUUGGCAUUGAUUCUCUAGAGGAUAACAAUGCGGAUCAGUUGAUCGUUGUCGAAGACGACGCAAGUCAGCAAGGACGCAAGAGUGUUGAAAAGGCCGAGAAAGCAGCAUAGAUCGAAAAAAUGCACUUAUUAUUAAGUACUACGUGUAUAAGCCCUCAAAGUCGAUAGUUUCCGCUUUGCCAUUCCAUAAUUCCUAGUGCAACAGUGAUUAUUGAGUCACUUAUAAA